AUGACGGUUCGGGAAGUUGUCUCCCCUGUAAAACUGCGUGACUGUCUUGCAAGAUGCCGACAGUCCCGAAAGUUGGUGCUUAUCAUUGUGUUCAUCGCCUUGUUUCUCGACAACAUGCUUCUGACGGUUGUUGUUCCAAUCAUUCCAAAUUUCAUACGAAAACUGGAGGCGCCAUUUCACAAGAUGAAUGUUUCAGUUGCACAAGCGAAAACCGAGAUGGUUUGCUCGAACAAUACAAAUUUCUCUCAGUCAGCAAACCCUGUCCUAGAUCCGGGUAGUCCAGGAUGGAACAGUUUUACAACAAUUUCAUCGUUUUACGCCCAGACAACCCCUGGACCAUGGAUAUUCUGUGAAAAUCGGACAACUAACGUAAAAAACAAAUCAUCAGAAAUUGUGUUGGUCGAGGAAGAAGUGUCACGCCAUGUCGAGUUAGCCAAUGAGAAUGUCAAAGUCGGAUUAUUAUUUGCGUCAAAAGCUUUGGUUCAACUACUCUUUAACCCUUUUGUGGGAUCCCUAACCAACCGGAUAGGAUAUACAAUACCGAUGUUCACCGGAUUUUUCGUCGCAUUCGUGUCAACUAUUAUUUUCGCUUUUGGGGAGAGCUUCACAAUCCUAUUUAUAGCUAGAGCUGUGCAAGGCAUUGGAUCAUCCUGUUCCAGUGUUGCAGGAAUGGGUAUGUUAGCAGAACGUUACCAGGAUGACAAAGAGAGAGGGAAUGCCAUGGGCAUAGCUCUUGGAGGUCUGGCGAUGGGCGUUCUAGUCGGACCGCCGUUCGGGGGAGUGAUGUACGAAUUCGCUGGCAAGGAAGCUCCGUUCCUUAUCCUGGCGUCACUUGCACUUAUCGACGGGGUGCUGCAAAUGUUUGUCUUUCAACCGUCCAUCAAACCAGAGUCACAAGACGGCACUCCGCUAAAAGUUCUCAUGUCAGAUCCCUAUAUCCUUAUAGCGGCAGGUUCGAUAACUUUCGCAAACAUGGGUAUCGCCAUGAUGGAGCCUUCGCUGCCAAUAUGGAUGUAUGAGACGAUGAAUGCUCCGGAAUGGCAGCAAGGUGCAGCAUUUUUACCUGCUAGUAUAUCUUAUCUGAUUGGUACCAACAUAUUUGGUCCACUGGCGCACAAAAUGGGCAGGUGGCUGAGUGCUUGUUUAGGGAUGGUUAUCAUCGGCGUAUGUCUCAUUGCGAUACCUUUCUCUAAGAAUAUAUUACACUUGAUAGCACCUAACUUCGGACUAGGAUUCGCUAUAGGAAUGGUUGACUCGUCUAUGAUGCCACACAUGGGCUACCUAGUAGAUCUACGCCAUGUUUCCGUAUAUGGAAGCGUUUACGCCAUAGCGGAUGUUGCCUUCUGUCUUGGGUUUGCUGUUGGUCCAGCUCUCUCCGGGACAAUCGUCAAGGGGAUCGGCUUCCACUGGUUGCUGUGGAUUGUGGGUAUAAUCAAUAUACUCUAUGCACCCCUGUUAAUAUUUAUACGUAACCCACCGAGUAAAGAAGAAAAAAUGUCACUGAUUCUAAAUGACCAGUGCCCUAUCCAAUACGUAACUUACAACCAGACAACCAAGAGUAACCCCACUUCAGACGAUGAGGAUCCAUACUACGAAGACUACUGA